AGCGUGCGCAGAAGGCGUCGGAGGCGCAUGCUCCUUGGAGGUUCCGGCUCGGCGGUCCGGCGUCCGCGCCAGCCUCGGUGGCCAGCAAAGUCCAGGCUGGGCCUUGGGCAUGGCGGCCAGCCUGUGGAUGGGCGACCUGGAACCCUACAUGGAUGAGAACUUCAUCUCCAGAGCCUUUGCCACCAUGGGGGAGACCGUGAUGAGCGUCAAAAUUAUCCGAAACCGCCUCACUGGAAUCCCAGCUGGCUACUGCUUUGUAGAAUUCGCAGAUUUGGCCACAGCUGAGAAGUGUUUGCAUAAAAUCAACGGGAAACCCCUUCCAGGAGCCACACCUGCAAAACGUUUUAAACUGAACUAUGCCACUUAUGGGAAACAGCCAGAUAACAGCCCCGAGUACUCCCUCUUUGUGGGGGACCUGACCCCAGAUGUGGAUGAUGGCAUGCUGUAUGAAUUCUUCGUCAAAGUCUACCCCUCCUGUCGGGGAGGCAAGGUGGUUUUGGACCAGACAGGAGUGUCUAAGGGCUAUGGUUUUGUGAAAUUCACAGAUGAGCUGGAACAGAAGCGAGCCCUGACAGAGUGCCAGGGAGCAGUUGGACUGGGGUCUAAACCAGUGCGUCUGAGUGUGGCAAUCCCUAAAGCGAGCCGUGUGAAGCCAGUGGAAUAUAGUCAAAUGUACAGUUACAGCUACAACCAGUAUUACCAGCAGUACCAGAACUACUAUGCCCAGUGGGGCUAUGACCAGAACACAGGCAGCUACAGCUACAGUUAUCCCCAGUAUGGCUAUACCCAGAGCACCAUGCAGACAUAUGAAGAAGUCGGAGAUGAUGCAUUGGAAGACCCCAUGCCACAGCUGGAUGUGACUGAGGCCAACAAGGAGUUCAUGGAGCAGAGCGAGGAGCUGUAUGACGCGCUGAUGGACUGUCACUGGCAGCCCCUGGACACGGUGUCUUCCGAGAUCCCUGCCGUGAUGUAGCCAGGAUGAGGCACAAGCCACAGUGGACUCCGGGAGGGAGCCAAGAGACUCCUUUUUUAAAAAAAGAUUACUUCGAGAACUUUUACCUUUUUUGAAAUGUUUGGUAAGAUUUUAGUCAUCAACUGUUUCCCGAAAUUAUGACUAUUUCCUGGGAUACUGCUGCCUUCAUUUGAGCCAUUUGAGUUUGAAAAUGAAGGGACCAGUUGUUAGAAGAGGGUUGAAUGAGGUUCCAAUUUUCUUUGAACAAUAAUCAUUUAUCCAGGUAGGGUUGUCUACACUCCAGGAGAUAAGGAUUAACCACCAAAGUUAACAGUUACUAAACCAACUUCUUAGCUGACAGGCACAUUAAUCCUUAAGGUUCUCUUGAGGUCAGAGUGCAUGGAUUGCCUGCUGGAAUGGUGCCAAAUGGUGGGCAAUUAUUUGCUUUCAGGUAUUCCCUUCCCCCAACAAACCUGCUUCCAGUCUGGUGGCUAGGUAGAGUUCAUUAUUCAGACUGGGAGGAAGUGGCCCAUUGAGAGAGGUGUUGGGGCCAGCUUAAUCUAGACCAAAAGGCCUGGAUUGUUUUAGGUACAAGCCUGUGCCAUCUAUGUGCCAAGCCCACCUGUUAGUAGGUAUUAAUCCAUUUAUAUAUAGGAACCGGUAAUUCAGAAAGAUAACCUGACCAUGAGGUCAGCCAUCACCAAACCAGAUCUUGGUGCCAGCCUUACACAUCUCUGUACUUAUUUUCCAAAUAAAUUAGGAGAUCCCAUUUAACUUACCACAAGGACCCUCCUGAAAAGCCUUACCUAUAGCUUUGUGCUAGGAAACUGGGGGUGUGUGUGGAGUAUACUGCCUUCAAAGAUCAUUAAGUACCAGUCCUGCGCUCAGCCUGAAUUCUCACUCAGCAAGAGUAAUAUAAUUGCAAUUAUAGAACUGGUCGUUUUGUUCCUUUCUGAGAUCAACCUUUUCUUCAGAAAUUAGACUAUAAUUCAUUCUGGGUCUUACGGGAGUAUUUAAAUAGGGAAUAACCAACAAUUUGAGGGACAUCAAGAAAAUUGACACAAACAUACAUCCAGGAAUCUUUUUUUUAAAGAUUUAUUGAUUGAUUGCUAUGUUGGGUCUUCAGUUUCUGUGCUAGGGCUUUCUCUAGUGGCGGCAAGCGGGGGCCACUCUUCAUCGCGGUGCACAGGCCUCUCACUAUCGCGGCCUCUCUUGCUGCGGAGCACAGGCUCCAGACGCGCAGGCUCAGUAGUUGGGGCCCACGGGCCCAGCCGUUCCGCGGCAUGUGGGAUCCUCCCAGACCAGGGCUCGAACCCGUGUCCCCUGCAUUAGCAGGCAGAUUCUCAACCACUGCGCCACCAGGGAAGCCCUAGGAAUCUUUUAUUGGUCACUUGUAUGCCAGGUAC